UUUUAAAAAUCACGAAAUUCACAAAAAAUACCCUUUAAAAAGAAGGAAUCCAACAAAAAGAAACCCCAAGUGCAAUAUGAUAUCGAAAUUUGUGAUGUCCGUCCGACAGUCGUGUUAAAAUUUACCCAAUGUCUGAAAACGGGAAAAUCCAUAUAUUUUUUGUUGUUUUGCAAAAAAUUUCAUAUUCUUCGCCAAAAGCCUAAAAUUUUUUUUGUCUCAGUGAUUUACUGCUCCUAACGGUUUUUUCUUUACACUUUAAAGAAAACAGAUAAAAAGAAGUAAUUUAAUCCGGUCUUAUGUAUAACAGUUUUCCUAUUGGUUGGUUUUUUCGAGUUUAAGCUCUCCUCUUUUAGUUGAUUUGUAACUCGUUCGUCGUUUAUUUUUCUCUCAUUGGAAGCCAGUUAAUAGGACAAGAAAAAAAGAAAAAACCGCCCACGACAUGGGAAUAGAGAAAAGUACGACAAUGCAAAUUAAAGGAACGAGAAUAUUAAAAUAGGAAUAACGAGUAGUAACAAGACAAGGAAGACAAAAAGAAGUAAGAAAAAAGUGAACAGCAAAACAAAAUAAAAUAAAAAGAAAGAGAUUAAAACUUUCUUUUCAAUAUUUAAACCCAUUUGAAGAUUUGAAGAUACUUGGAAAAAUUUUCUAAAUAUUUAUUUUAGAAAUUUGCCUAAAUAAAAUUUUGAAAAAAAAAAAAAAAAAAAAAAAUUAAAAGCAAUUACUUAAUGAAAAUUUGUGAAUAGUGUGAAAAUCUAUUUUGAACAGAAAACAGUUUAGGCUGAAUGCAACAAAAUCAAAAAUAUGACAUUUCCAACAACCAGAUCAUCAAAAGAAAGUUCAAAAUGCGCGUACGUGAUAUAUACACCUGCAUGUUGUGCAAGAUGCGUCACUCCUUACGGUACUGCCCUAAAUUUGUAAUGAUGAGUGUGUCAGACAGAAGGAUCGUUAUCCGCAAAUUUAAAUACUGCAUCAAUUGUCUUGCGAGGAGCCACACGAUAGAAAAAUGCCAUUCCGAGGAAACGUGCCGCAAGUGCAGGUAUCAACAUCAUACUAUGCUGCAUCCGAAGCCUACUCGAGAGCCUAAAUCCGAGAGGAGCACAGAAGUCAGCAUAAAUCUCCGUUCUAGACUGGGUCAGCAGUCACAAAAAGUCAAUAAAACGUCGCCUCAAGGUCAACAACGAUCUACAACCUUAAGAAAGACCAAACAACAACACAGCAAGGUACAAAAGACGGCCAAACGAUACCCCAAGACAAGAAAAAAUAAUUUACCCAAUAUUAUGCAACCAGAUCCGAUGCUUCUUUCUGAGGCCAUAAAGUCUUUGGCGUCCGUGCUUUGUGCAUCUUCUGUUGCACAAGUGCAAGGCCGGCGCCAUGGACAAAAUUGAAGUUUUGUCCUUAACUAUUUACAUGAAUUUGAACUAUUUAAAUGAAAUUGAAUUUCCUAACGUCUGUUAUUGUGAAUUAUCUAAGAGAUGUAUUUAAAUUUCCCUACCACAUAUGCUAAGUGGUAAUAGAAUAGGCACUUAGUUUGUAAGUACUAAAAUAUCUCCCUUUCGUAUGUGAAGUUACACUUGCUUCACUUCUGGCACAACCACGAAAAGGUGAGCAUCUCUUCUCUUCUCUACUUUUUUAUUACUUUAAAUAAAAUUUAUAACGUUGAAAGUUGAA